CCCUCCCCCAACCCCUCGGGCACCGUCGCCAGUGCAAACGACCGGAGCCCAAAGGGCCCCAGGACCAGUCAGCUUUGCUGACGCGGCCAAGCCCGCCAAUCCCCAGAACUGGACAGUGAUCCAGCCACAAACAAAGAAGGCGACCAAUAAGGCCGUAACCAAGGGACCGGAACCCCCAACCAAGCAAUGGGCCGACAAGCCAUCCAAACGGGUGUUCCUCCGCCUGGCCCGCGAGCACAAACUCCGCAGCGUGCAGGCGGAGACCCUGAUGGCCCUGAUGGAGGGCGCAGCAUGGGGGGUCCCCAGGGGCCUCAUCACACAAGCACACAAAGUUGGCUCAGGCUGGGCCAUCACCAUGAAGACUGCAGCGGUAAGGGCGACGCUCGUCGCAGCCGCGAAAAAACAAGGACACCCGGCAGAACCCGAAGAAAAGACAGUGGCGUACUCAGUUCGGGGGGUGCCAGAAAACUACAUGGACGGCACUGGGGCCCAGGCCCCGGUAACCCCAGAGGUGGUCGCCAGAGAAGCGUCCAGGCACACCGGACAAGAAACUAAGGCUGUGACGGGAAGACGGCCCGGCCCUUCCGUAUACUCGGGUCCGACCCGGCCCGACUAA